AUGUCUGAUCUCGCAAACACCAACCGUCAGGACGAAGGCAAGGAGAAUGCUCACUCUGAAGUCGACCCCCUCGACCAGCGUUCCCUCGCCAACCGCGUUGAAGCGGAGAAGAAGCGUGAAGCAGAUGAGGAGAAGGCUGCUGCUGCCAAGGCUGCAGAGCUUCCUACAGAUGCUGCUCGAAAGCACGGCAACGAGCCCAGCAAAGGUGCCAUCAUUGAUGAGCAGCUUGAGAUGGAGGAGGAAGCCGAGCUCGCCAAGAAGGAUGCUGCCAAGAAGCAAUCCGAGGAAGCAAAGAAGCACUAA